AUGAAUGUCCAUUCUGUGAAACAAACUUGCGCACUCUUAUUACACUCCCUCACAUCUCAUACCGGUACCGGUAAUACUCCCAUGAAGAGCAGAUCCGUAGACUUCCCCUCACAGUUCCAAAAAACUGCUGCUCUACCGGUAUCCCAUAGAAGGGAUGCUUUCUACUACCUGGUGCAGCGUAGCACGCCAGAAGUUGCUUCUCUACAAGCACCAUCAUCCCUGCAAACUCUUGAACCCAACGUUCCAACUCCCACUGCAAGCCUCAUGAGCACAGGUCCAGCCAUCUCAUGGGCAACUGCAGCCCCACUUGAAGAUAUUCAAAUGCAUGCAGAUGCUCAGCAAAAUUGA